UAAUCUUGAUUGGCCAGCAGGUGUCGCAGUAGUGGCAGUAAGGCAGUUCCUAGAGCAGAACCUCAAUUACCUGAGGCUUCCUGAAAUACUAACAAAUUUAGUCCGUUACAUAAGAGCAGCACACCCACAUACAGAGGUUUGAGUUAGGUAGAAUAUCAAGAAACCUAGACAGAAAACCAAAUCGGAUUGGAAACAAAACAACCAGUGAGAUGGUUAGAUAAAGACGCUCUUGCCGAGCCUGAAGACCUGAGUUCGAUUCCCUGAGUCUGUGUGGUGGAAGGUGAGAACUGUUUGUUGUGGCACGCGUGUGCGCAUGCACAAGAACACACUUUGAAAAGGCAUCAUAGUUUUUUUCACUGUGGGGGUUUAUGCCCGUGUGCCACAGCAUAUGGAUGGAUGUCAGACGACAACCCUUAGGGUGACUCAGUUCUCACCUUCCAUCACGUUGGUGUGGGGAAUGAAAUCCUAUCUCAAACUAAAGUGAAGGGCUGGAGUCAUUUGCUCAGCAGUGACGUGUACCCAGCGGCAGGGGACCCGAUGCGCUCUGUCGGUCUCGGAGGACACGGCGCCCAUGCGGUUGACACACGUGCCUCUUUAAGGAAAGAAAAUACCACCUAACAUGAAAAAGGGGUCUGCUUAACGUGUUGCCAAGUAAGCUCCGGGCGAUUGGGGGUGGGUCCCUUCUCUGCUUGCUCGGUCAGAUCUAGCUUACGCCCCCUGGUGGCCAGCGGCUGCUUCACCUAAGAUUCCUGGAGCCCGGAGGGAGCUCGGCCCCUGCUCAGCAUAGCUCCGGAUUGGCUCCGAGGCACGUUCGGUGCCGGCUGGGAAAUGUAGGCAGCAGGGCGGAACGAGGCUGCCUCGUCUUCUGCCUGCGCCCACACGCAAACCGGAAGUAUCGUUGACAUUUCCUCGGGGAAAUGUAGUUUCUUUUCGCCGGACGUGCAUGUUUUCUCGUACGCUCUGCGGUAAUGACAGGCACCAGACGCACGUCAUCACUCGGCCGACUCGGUUGCGCCCCUAAAAGCAUGGUGUACAGCUUCACAUGGUGGGACCCAUAGUCAUUCAGCAGCUACCCUCGGCUCGGAUGCUCCUCGUGCCGUUCUGGGCUGGAGCCCAACCUUCUGGGCCUCCUGUUAGGACAGGAGCGCGUUUACCCGCAUUUCCCAGGGUAGCACACACUAAUGACAGUUUAGCCGUGCAAGACAGAUUUCCACCCGCACGCUCCGGAGCCACGCCACGGUGCUCAGUGAGCGCGGAAACCGAGCCCUUCUUGGCCGGGAGGACGCCUGCGCUUCUGUUGGCACCACCGCGCUUCCUGCCUACGAUCCAGGGAAAUGUCACUUCCAGGGAGCAGGGCGGGAGCCCCCUGUAUAAUCCCUGCCGGUGCCGGUGUCCUUUGUAGAACGGAGCGAGAACGUGCUUCCUGCAGUCCGCCGUACACUCACUAACGGGCCGUGCGUGACCGAUUUCCCAGGGUCGCACUGAUCUGAUCGUUGGUCUGGCCUGGCCAAAUUGCUGUCCUCCCUUCGGCACUGCCCACCACUUUGCCUACGAUUCCCAGCGGCUCUCCCUAUGCCUUUCGGGAAAUGUAGUCUUUUCUCCUCACCGCUCACAUCUCGGUACCUCCGGCAGGCGCUCGCUCACAGGACUCCAUUUCCCAGCAUGCCUGCGCCGAGUCCGUCCGCGCCCCGUCGCGGAGGCCAUUUCGUUCCGCCCGGAGACCGCUAAGAUGGCGGCGGGGGAGAAAGUGAAGGUUGUCUCCUGCGACAGGCGGCCCGGCUAGAGCCGGCAACGUGGCGCCCAGCAUGGAUCUGCACACGGCGGUGUACAAUGCGGCUCACGACGGCAAGCUGCAGCUGCUGCAGAAGCUGCUGGCCGGCCGCGGGCGGGAGGAGCUGGACGAGCUGCUGGGCGAGGUGGCGGGCGGCGGCACGCCGCUGCUGAUCGCGGCGCGCCGCGGACACCUGGACGUGGUGGAAUACCUGGUGGACCACUGCGGCGCCAGCGUGGAGGCGGGCGGCUCGGUGCACUUCGACGGCGAGACGAUCGAGGGCGCGCCGCCGCUCUGGGCCGCGUCGGCGGCGGGCCACCUGGCCGUGGUGCGGAGCCUGCUGCGCCGCGGCGCCUCGGUCAACCGCACCACCCGCACCAACUCCACGCCGCUGCGCGCCGCCUGCUUCGACGGCCACCUGGACGUGGUGCGCUACCUGGUGGGCGAGCACAAGGCCGACCUGGAGGUAGCCAACCGCCACGGCCACACGUGCCUCAUGAUCUCCUGCUACAAGGGCCACCGCGAGAUCGCGCGCUACCUGCUGGAGCGCGGUGCGCAGGUGAACCGGCGCAGCGCCAAGGGCAACACGGCUCUGCACGACUGCGCCGAGUCCGGCAGCCUGGAGAUCCUGCAGCUGCUGCUGGGCUGUCACGCGCGCAUGGAGCGCGACGGCUAUGGCAUGACCCCGCUGCUGGCCGCCAGUGUCACCGGGCACACCAACAUCGUGGAGUACCUCAUCCAGGAGCAGCCCGGCCACGGGCAUCUCUCGGGGGUGGAGCUGCCCAGGGAAGGGUCCUCCCAGGGGGCAAGCAGCGGCCGCUCCACCCCUGAGGAAGCAGAGCCUUAUGAGAGCUGCUGCCCCACCAGCCGUGAAGCGGCCGUGGAGGCUUUGGAGCUGCUGGGAGCCACCUACGUGGAUAAGAAAAGGGAUCUGCUCGGAGCCCUGAAGCACUGGAGAAGGGCGAUGGAGCUCCGCCACCAGGGUGGGGACUACCUCCCCAAGCCCGAGCCCCAACAGCUGGUUCUGGCCUACGACUAUUCUAGGGAGGUGACCACGCCCCAAGAGCUGGAGGCCCUCAUCACAGAUCCUGAUGAGAUGCGGAUGCAGGCCCUGCUGAUACGGGAGAGGAUCCUGGGCCCCUCGCACCCUGACACUUCCUACUACAUAAGGUACCGGGGUGCUGUCUACGCAGACUCUGGAAAUUUCGAGCGCUGUAUCCGUCUUUGGAAGUAUGCCUUGGAUAUGCAGCAGAGCAACCUGGAGCCGCUGAGCCCCAUGACGGCCAGCAGCUUCCUGUCAUUUGCGGAGCUCUUCUCCUAUGUGCUGCAGGACCGCUCCGCCAAGGGCAACCUGGGCAUGCAGCUUGGUUUCCCCGACCUCAUGGGUGUGCUCAGCAAAGGGGUGCGGGAAGUGGAGCGGGCCCUGCAGCUGCCCAAGGAGCCGGGGGACUCGGCGCAGUUCACCAAAGCCAUCGCCAUCAUCCUCCAUCUGCUGUACCUGCUGGAGAAGGUGGAGUGUACCCCUAGCCAGGAACACCUCAAGCACCAGACAGUCUACCGCCUGCUCAAGUGUGCCCCGCGCGGCAAGAACGGCUUCACCCCACUGCACAUGGCAGUGGACAAGGAGACCACCAACGUGGGCCGCUACCGCGUGGGCGUCUUCCCCUGCCUGCAUGUGGUCAGGGUGCUGCUGGACUGCGGGGCUGACCCCGACAGCCGGGACUUCGACAACAACACUCCGCUGCACAUUGCUGCUCAAAACAACUGCCCAGCCAUCAUGGACGCACUCAUCGAGGCCGGGGCCCACAUGGAUGCCACCAACGCCUUCAAGAAGACUGCCUAUGAGCUGCUGGACGCCAAGCUGCUGGCCAAGAGCACCGUGCAGCCCUUCAACUAUGUAACACUGCAGUGCCUGGCCGCCCGUGCCCUGGACAGGAACAAGGUCCCUUAUAAGGGCUUCAUCCCAGAGGAGCUGGAGGCCUUCAUCCAGCUGCACUGAGCCUGACCCGGCCCCCGCCUGCACUUUGGCCUUCUCCGAGCAGAAGCAUCCUGUCCCCUUGGCCUACUGGCAGUGGAGUGAGCCCGACUGUUGGUUCUAGAAACCUUCAGGGUCACGUGGUAGGAAGAUGGUCUUUCUCCGUGGCAAAGCUGAAGGGUACCGGGGCCUCCUCAGUGGCAUCUGUCUGGGUCUGGAGACCUCUGCCCUGUCACCUGGUCUCCAGCUAGCUUGUCCUGGAGUCCUGUGUACCCAACACUGUCAAGAUGGAGUCAGAAGUCACUGGCGCCUUCCUGCAGUGGGGCACCUGCCACCUAGAUGUUUGUUGUUGGUUUGUUGUUUACUAAGCAAGUGGGCGACAGCUUGGAGCCCACGUUCUGAGGUUUUUGCUCGGUCUUUUUUUCCUUGGUUUCUGUUUGUUGGACUCAAUGACUUAGUUUGAAGUUGCUGCCAGGACUUUGGUGUGGCCACAGCUGAAACCAGCAUGAGCUGUGAGUGCAGACCUGUGACAGGCUUGCUGCGAAGCCUCCCUGCUUCCACACUGCUUAGAGAGAGGACUGUCCCCAAGAAGAGCUAGAGCAAGUGACAGGAACAGCCAGGCCGACGACUGCCUCCAGCCCCAUCCUGUGGGAUGGCUGGCAGGUGCUCUGGUCACCAGGUCACAUCCGUGCCACACUUGUCCUGUCUCACCUGACCCCAGGUCUUCGUGAAGAGUACAUAGUAUCCCCACUAACUGCCAGGAGUGGGAAGGUGGGGAGCUGCCCAGGGCUGCGAUAGGCCACCCGGGCCCUGAGUGCAGCCAUAGGGGUGUACACCGCCUGACCAGCACCAGCCUGGGGCUCCACCAGCUCUUGUCCCUGUCCUUUACCAUGAGUGGGAUUAAACCUGCAUCACCUCAAGGCAGGAGGUGCACAUCCCUGGCUUGUGGGAACCAGCUGCAAGGGGAGAAAGUCUAGUGUAGAGAGGUCAGUCCCUCCUUUGGCCGUGGAAGCCGUCCCACGAGGACAUUGGUGUGUGAUUGCAGUGUUAGGUAGCUUGUUCUCUGUAUAAAACAAGCCUUAGGCCUUACUGGGCAGAGCCGCACUGCCCUGCCAUCCGAAGCUCAGGGCAAACAUGAACCCCUGUGAGUCUUGGCACUUAUAUUUAUUGAUUAAAAUACAGGUAUGUGAAGGAAUCUGCCUAGCGGUUAAUUGAUGUGGGCAGGUCGCGGGCGGGGAGCCAGGUGAGUGCCUGUCAAGAAUGCCUGUACACAGACCCGCCAUCUGAGCACGGCUGAGGCUGAGGCAGGAGGAUCACAAGGUGGAGGCCGUCCUAGAGGACAAAGUGAGUCCAAGCACAGCUUGAGGUGACAUUAAGUCAAGACCCCCAUCCUCUUAAAACCGUCUCCUGUGAGGUACGGGCCCUACCGAAGUGCUCAAAUGUGCCCCUGCGUCACGGUAGCUGCCUUCUGAAGGAGCUGUUUCCACUCAGGUGCCUGUGAGCUAGUCCAGAGAGGUUAAGAUCACCAGCCGAGGACCUAGGGACACGUAGCACAUGACCAGAGGGUAGACUUGAACUCUCUCUCAGCAGUUGACGUACCCAGACCCAUUCCUCUGCCUCAGCCCCCUGAGCAUCUGGCUCUGGGCCUGGCUCUGCUGGACAUCCCUGGGAGGGUUGAUCCAGCAGCUCCCAAGGGGUUCUCCUUAGUGGGAACAAUAGAAUCAAAGAUUUCCUGCCAAAUCCCUACAGGGUCCGCCUGUCCUUCACUAUAUGGUGUCUGUGAUUGGACAAGCCUGUGUACCCCAGCCAAUCACAAUAGCCUGUGAGUUAGCUGCGGUGAUUGGUUAUGAGGUAGCCUAGAGAACUGCGGUUAUAAGGUUGGAGUUCUGGGGAGGAAUUAAAGACUAAAGCAGGGUUUGGUGCCUUUGGGAGGCAGAGGCGGCUGGAUCUCUGUGUGCAGGGCCAUCCUGGUCUACAGCAGGGCUACUAGAGAGACUGCCCUCCAAAACAAAGAGUC